AUGGAGUUCACUGUGGUGUCGGCUGCCAACCUCCCGCCAAAGCCGGUGCUCGCCGUUCAUGCUGGCGACGUGCGUAGGCAAAUCAAGCUGGAGGUGAACCACCCCUUCGUGCUCCCGGACCCUGGUGCAAAGCCAGCCCAUGUAGAGGCAGUUGAGGACAUGCGAGCCGAUGAUUCCAAAAGCAACUUGAAGUCCCUGCCGGAGGCAAUUCUGGAGGCUGGAUCGAAGGAUGGGAAUGAAAUCUCAGAUAUCUCUCCUGUCCGAAAAGGAGCGAAAUCUUCGUGGUCCCAGAAGCUAGAUGAUUUCUUCAAGGUUACAGAAAAGGGCUCGACUUUACAGACAGAGAUUCGGGCUGGCUUCAUCAAUUGGAUGACUAUGUGUUACAUUCUUGUGGUUAAUCCUGUCAUCCUCGGAAGCGCAGAUCCUGACAGCCAUGUCUCUACGGAGACCAUAAUGACUGCAACAGCUGUCUCAUCGGCUAUCGGCUGCCUUGUAGUUGCCCUUUCUAGCGACGCCCCGCUGGGACUGAUGCCCGGCAUGGGUCUGAAUGCGUACUUCUCUUUUGGAAUCUGCCGGUCCUUCCAUGUGACUUUUGGACAGGCGCUGAGCUGCUGCUUCGUCAGUGGUGCUGCGCUGCUGUUGUUGUCUGUUCUGGGAGUGUGCCAAUGGAUUGUCACCACAGUUCUGUCAGAGCACUUGAAAAAAGCCAUCACUGUGGCCAUCGGCGUGUUCCAGGCUUUGAUUGGCUUCCAAGUGAUGGGUCUGGUUGUGGCAUCGCCGAAUACUUUGGUGACGCUUGGUGACGUGGGAUGGUCAAACAAGCAGCUUUACCUGGCCCUCAUGGGGUUUUGCUUGAUCUCGGCGAUGCUGGUCAGCAGACUGCAUGGGGCUCUUCUUGUAGGCAUUUGUCUCAUGUCCGUUUGUGCAUGGAGCACCGGGCUCUCAGACGCACCAUUAGGUGUUUUCAGCCUGCCCAGGUAUGAUGCUGGCUUUUUGCUGGAUUUCUCCUGCUGGGAUCCAGGAAGUGGCAAGCUCCAUGCCAUGAUCCUGGGUAGUAUGGUGCUGUUGUUCGUGGCUCUCUUCGACUUGGCCGGCGUCCAGUAUGGCUUGAUGGGUAUCGCAGGCCUACUACAAGAUGGGCAUGUGCCAAGGAGCCAGUGCAUUUUCUCCAGCGCAGCCAUCGCCACAAUGUCCGGAGCUGUCAUUGGCACCAGCCCCGUCAUUAUUGCCAACGAGAGCAGCGCUGGCAUUGUAGAGGGUGCGAAGACCGGCCUUUCUGCCCUGGUGAUCUCUGGUCUUUUUCUCGUGUCUGCAUUUUUGACUCCUUUGUUGAGCUCCAUACCUCGAGUUGCGACUUCUGUUCCUCUGGUUCUGAUCGGGGCCUUCAUGAUGGCUCCAUGCAGAGGUAUUGAUUGGGACAAUCUUCGGGCAGCUAUCCCUUCCUUCCUGACCAUCACAGUUGUGCCCUUCACAUAUUCGAUCCACAAUGGAAUCAUCGCAGGAAUCUUAAUGGAUGCUUUCCUAAUGGUCUCUGCUAAGAAGGACCAGCCUCCCGAGUUGACCGAUCCACAUCUGGCCCAGCCAUUGAUUCCUCAAUCGGGCUCCAGAGUCCAGUCUCCUGUGCUCGAGAGGGUCUUCAGCACCCCCCAUGCCAGCAUGGCUUUUGCGCCGGAGAAGGUCAGCGACCAGGUGGAGCAAGCUCAGCACCUCUUAGAGCAACUGCGGCGGACGAGGGGCUUGGGUCACGAGCCAGACCAGGGCGGCGGUAUCGAAAGCGGAGAGGAUCGUCUGCUCUCGGCUUUGGAGGCGUACGUGCAGAACCAUACUAUGGUUGCGACCGGAGCCGUGGAGGGCUUGCCACCAUUUAAAUAUCUCUUGAUUCGACUAGUUUCUAUUUACCAGCAGCUUGCAAGUCAGCUGCUGCCAGAGGAUGGCCAUUCUGAGACAGCGUGUACGAUUCCCGUUCGAAGACCGGACGGGACUCCGACUCAUGUCAAGCUUCAGGUACAAAGAGAAGAAUGGCACAAGGCCAAAGCCAAAGAUUCGCAGUGCGUCCAGGACUACCUGGAGACGCACAAAGUGCAGCAGCGCAUUCAGAAUCUCAUACAGGAUGUGUUGCGAGAAGCUCCAGAUGAUCCGUAUCAGUUCAUGCUGCAACAGCUCCGGGAAUCUCAGGCAUCGACAUCAAGACCUAGCUUCAGGUCCAAGGAGUCCUUGGUGCCACACCCUCCUGACAAGCCAAAGCCGCCAGGAUCCAGGCCAGCACCUGCUGCAGGCCGCAUGCUGACGGCACCGAAGGUCCAUGUCGACAAGUCGGCUUGGAGACCGAGCAUGCACAUUAUCCGCUCAGUUCUGGAAAGUCCGCGAUGCCGGGAGAUUGGUCUGGAGUCUAUUCUCCAUGGUGUUUGUGCCAAAGCAUCUCGUGGGAUGUCGAGGUGUAUCAUGGAGAGGGCUUGUACCACGGUGGCCAGCGAGGCUUCUGGUGUCAGCGAGCUGAGAGCCAUCGCUGGCAGUAUCGUGAGAGCUAACCUUGCGACAGCUCAGCACAUGGUCAAGCUGCAGAAAACCGGCGUCCUCACCAAGUGGGCCAUCCGCUGUGUCCUGGUCAGUGCCAUCCAGGCAAUUCCGGGCUCUGAAGAUUUCGAGGACAUGGCGACUGGAUCCACAUCGCGCAAGGUGGGAACAACUUCGCCUGUGCCUUCCACCAUGUCCAGCGGCGCAGCGGAGGCACUGAAACUUGCUUUGUUCGAAGCCAUCGACAAAGAUGGAGAUGGCUAUCUGAAGGAGGGCGAGAUGAUGCAGCUGGCAAAGCUGGUAGGGUUCGAUGGAGACACAGAGGAGUGGAAGAAGGAGUAUCACGCUCUUUGCACAGAAGUCAAGGCCUCUGAAUCGGAGGGGGUGCCCAAGGCUGUCGUUCUGAAAAUGCUGGAUGACACGUCUGACACGGGCUGCUUCUGCACGGAUGAGGAACUCCAGCUCCUGUUGUCGGCGCAGCCCCGCCCCGGGGCCAAGCGGCAGAAGGAAGACAUAGGUAAUGACGCCAAGGUUCGAUUUUCCGGUGCAUCCUCCGAUAUAGCCGAGGACACGCUGCGGAAAUUCUUCGGAAGAGCCGGCGAGGUGCUUGCCCUCAAUCUGUUCAAACUCAAGGACGGGCAAUCGCGAGGUAUGGGAAUGGUCACCUACAAGAAUGCCAAACAGGCGAAGCAGGCUUUACUCCAGCUGAACAACAACAAGGUGCAGGGAUGGACAAUCUCAGUGUACACUGACCAUGAGAACGACAGCACCACGCAGAAGCCGCCAGCUUUGGGUGAAACCUAUGCUGCGUGGUACGGCAAAGGGACUGCAGGAAAGCGCCAUGGCAGCUCCUCAUUUGAAGGCAGCACCGACGGGUGUUCGAUCCACUUCGUUGGUGCUCCCCUGGACAUGAGCAGCGACAAGCUCUACUCCAUGUUCGAGGAAUGUGGGAGGAUCAAGAGCUUCUGGCUGUUUCGACAGCCUGAUGGACGGUCCCGUGGUCAGGGCCUCGUGGAGUAUUCCUCGCAGAAGGAUGCCAGGUCCGCCAUCAACUACUUGAACGGAUGGUUGAUCGGUUCCUCCACGCUGACGGUUCAGGAGGAUCGAGUGGGGGCGUCUGCGGAGUCGCAAGGCACCUGGGCAGACAAGGCACGUCCGUGUUUUGAUGAUGUUAUCCGAAGGAAACGUCUCGCCUUGGCAGGGAGAGGAUUGGUGGGAUGGUUAGUGCAAGUAAGCGGCUUCAUGGAGUCUCCUCAUAGCACUGCUGCGAGCUGGAGUCGUUUGCUGAGGACCGCAUGGAGCAUGGACUGUUCGACUGGAAAGGGGGCAUGUGGAUGCCAAUUGACUCGUGUGCUCAUACAUGGCAUCAGAAGCCUUGCCGCAGCCAUGGCGGCAGCGGAGGAUGACGCCGUGACGGAGCAGAAGGAUGAGUCACAAGAGCCACGGAGAGGUGCAGAUGGCGGCAACAUUUUCCUGACGUGCCUACGGAUUCGAUUCGAGGAGCGGGGGAGCUGGUCCAAAGCCCUCGCAGAUCCACCGCUGCAGGCAGAAGAGCGCGACAGUGACAACCUGGAAGGCGUGGCGACCGCAAGGAUUGGCACCGAACCAGGCGGUUCCCCCUUGAGCGCUGGGACGCCGGGACGCUUCAGAAAGGAUAAGUCGCCGCCGACCUUUCGACGUGGGCUGACUGUCCCCUUGAGGUCCGCCGAGGAUGAUUCUUCCAGCAGCAACAGCAGUCCAAGUCCACGUAAGCUGCGAAGCAAGCUGUGCAACUUGGCCUUCGGUUAUGCGAGUGAAGCCGUGCUAUUGCAGCAAAGCCACGUGAUUUCCAGCGGCUUCUGGGGAAGAGCUCUUGGUGGCAACGACGUUGCUGGUAAGCACCCUCAAGUACCUUCGGAGCCUCCAUGUGGAGGCUUGGCAGUGACCGCGAAGCCCCUCAGGCCACUGAGGGGUCAGGCCAGCCGACCAUCCCGUGGACUGCCGUCGGCACGAGCUGCAUAUUACUUCGAGCUUGAGGUGCUGGAGACAGAUCCGGAGACCACCAGCACCUUGUCGCUGGGGUUCUGCUUCUUUGCAGGGAAGAAGAUGCAGGAAUCGCUUCCUCCAUAUGCCACCGAGUUGCCUGGUGCCUUCGUGCUUGGAGGAGAAUUGCCAAAGGCUCAUUUCGGUGGCACGGAGAUUGGAAGCUCUUUGGAGUGGCGGCCACUGAUCCACGUGCAUGCGGGAAGUCGAAUCGGCGCACUACUCGAGGUGAGGGACUUCGUAAGUGGCUUGCGCGAGCUGCCGAUCUUGCGGGCAUCCAUAUUCCAGGACGGCACGCUGAGAACUGAGGCCUCCAUUUGCCCAUCAGGGUUGUCAUCCUUGACACAGGAGGAGCAGAGCUGCGUCCUAUCCGCAUCUGCAGGGCAAAGGCCAUAUGGUCUGACGGAGGUCCGUGGCAACGUGCGCAGCCUCCGUCUUUGUACAGACGUCAGUGAACCGCCCUUGCUUCGCUGA